AUGCAUGGCCGGGCGGCAGCGCCAAGGGUGAGUCCAGGUCCUGGGGUGCCCCUGCAUGCUGACAUGGCCGCAGGUGUCAUCCGGCCCUUGGCUGAGCUGCGGCUGCCCUCACCCUUCCCACACGGCCUGCUGCUGCCCUCAUGCCCUGAGCCAGACUUUCCAGACCUCUCUGAGGAGGAUGAGGAGGAAGAGGAGGAGGAUGAAGAAGAGGCAGUGGAAGAGAGCAUGAGGCCAGAUUUGGCCAUCCCCAGCGCUGCUGAGACCACUAUACGACUCCUGAAGUUUUCAGAGCUCAUCAGCUGUGACAUCCAGCGGUACUUCGGGCGGCGGGGACAGGAAGAGGCCACUGGCAGCCCUGGCAUGCCCGAGGACUGCAGCUCGCCCCAACGUGCUGAGGCCCAGCCCGAGGCUGUGCCACUGCAGGGCAGCCCCGCAACUGUGCACCGGCUAGGGCCACUGGCCGAGCUCUUCGAGUACGGCGUGCACCGGUGCCUGCCACCCCGGGGAGCUGGCAGCAAGACACAGCGUCUGGAGAGGAAGUAUGGCCACAUCACCCCCAUGCACCGGAGGAAGCUACCACCCUCCUUCUGGAGGGAGCCAGGCCCCGGCCCCACUAGCCUCCUCCACACCAGCACCCCUGACUUCAGUGACCUCCUGGCCAACUGGACAGUGGAGCCAGGGUUGGAGCUGCCAGGCACUGGGCGGGAGCUGCCAUCUGAGCCAGGCCGACUGGGGCUGGAAGCUGAGCCCUUCACUGGGCUGUGA